AUGUCUACCUUUGGCUACAGGAGAGGACUUAGCAAAUAUGAAUCCAUCGAUGAGGACGAACUCCUGGCUUCCCUGUCAGCUGAGGAGCUGAAGGAACUAGAGAGGGAGCUGGACGACAUUGAACCUGAUCACAGCCUCCCGGUGGGGAUGAGGCAAAAGAGUCUGACCGAGAAAACCCCCACAGGGACAUUCAGCAGAGAGGCGCUGAUGGCCUAUUGGGAAAAGGAGUCCCAGAAACUCUUGGAGAAGGAGAGGCUGGGGGAGUGUGGAAAGGUAGAAGAGGACAAAGAGGAGAGUGAGGAAGAGCUUGUCUUUACAGAAUGUAACAGUGAGGUUUCUGAGGAUGUGUACACGGAAGAGGAGGACGAGGACGAGGACGAGGACGAGGAGGACAGCGAAGGAGAGGAAAGAACAGGUGCGAAGGAGGAAGGGAUGAACGGAUCUGUGCAUUCCGAUAGUGUCCAUUCUGACAACGCGAGGCCAAAGACAUUUACAAGUCAAAUCGAAAACAUCCAUCUGACUAACGGCCACAGAGGAAGGAACACGGAGUCUCCCCCGGCUGCCAUUCACCCCUGCGGGAACCCCACAGUGAUCGAGGAUGCUCUGGAAAAGAUUAAACACAACGACCCCGACACCACGGAAGUCAAUCUGAACAACAUCGAGAACAUCACUUCGCAGACCCUCGCCCGCUUCGCCGAGGCCCUCAAGGCCAACACGGUGGUGAAGGCCUUCAGCCUGGCCAACACGCGCGCCGACGACAGCGCGGCCACGGCCAUCGCGGACAUGCUGCGGGUCAACCGGCACAUCACCAGCGUCAACAUCGAGUCCAACUUCAUCACGGGCAAGGGCAUCCUGGCCAUCAUGAGGGCGCUGCAGCACAACAGCGUGCUCACCGAGCUGCGCUUCCACAACCAGAGGCACAUCAUGGGCAGCCAGGUGGAGAUGGAGAUCGUCAAGCUGCUGAGGGAGAACACCACGCUUCUGAGGCUGGGCUACCAUUUCGAGCUGCCAGGACCAAGAAUGAGCAUGACCAGCCUCUUGACCAGAAACAUGGAUAAGCAGCGGCAGAAGCGGAUGCAGGAGCAGAAACAGCAGGAGGGAUACGGCGGAGGAGCCAACCUGAGGACCACAGUCUGGCGGAGGGGCACGCCAGGCUCUUCACCGUACGCAUCUCCCAAGCACUCCCCCUGGUCUUCCCCCAAACUGCCCAGGAAAGUCCAAACUGUGAGGAGCCGUCCUCCGUCUCCGGCGGCCCCGCCCCCGCCCCCGCCCCCGCCCCCGCCCCCCCCCUCUUGCUCCCAAAGGCUGCCACCCCCACCUCCGCCUCCCCCGCCUCCGCCCCCAGAGAAGAAGCUCAUCACCCGCAACAUCGCGGAAGUCAUCAAGCAGCAGGAGAGCGCCCAGCGGGCCUUACAAAACGGACAGAAAAAGAAAAAAGGGAAAAAGGCUAAGAAACAGCCAAACAAUAUCCUAAAGGAAAUUAAAACUUCCCUGAGGUCGGUGCAGGAGAAGAAAAUGGAAGACAGUUCCCGACCGUCUACCCCGCAGAGAUCAGCUCAUGAGAAUCUCAUGGAAGCUAUUCGGGGAAGCAGCAUAAAACAGCUAAGGCGGGUGGAAGUUCCAGAAGCUCUGCGAUAAAAGCCUGAAUUUUAGAAGAGGAUGCAGAAUUAUUCAGUUGGUAUUAGAUAAAAUGUAUUGUGAGA